GCCCGACCGCCCGCCCGCCCCGCGCUGCUCCGCGGCGCCUUUUCUGCACUCGCCGCUCCACGGAGCGGGAGCCUCGGCCCUCUGCGCGGCUGCAGCGAGCUGCCCUGCGUCCGGCCCGGCCCCCGCCUUAGGGAUGGCAAACUUGCGCCCUGUGGCCGCCUCCGCCAGCGCCGGCCCCCGCUCCUGCUGCUGACGGCGCCCAGGGCAAGGGACAUAGGAUGACCCCAGCCUGUCCCCUCUUACUGUCUGUGAUUCUGUCCCUGCGCCUGGCCACCGCCUUCGACCCUGCUCCCAGUGCCUGCUCUGCCCUGGCCUCCGGCGUGCUCUACGGGGCCUUUUCCCUGCAGGACCUCUUUCCUACCAUCGCCUCGGGUUGCUCCUGGACCCUGGAGAACCCCGAUCCCACCAAGUACUCCCUCUAUCUGCGCUUCAACCGCCAGGAGCAGGUGUGCGCCCACUUUGCCCCUCGCCUACUGCCCCUGGACCACUACCUGGUCAACUUCACCUGCCUGCGGCCAAGCCCUGAGGAGGCCGGGGCCCAGACAGAGUCAGAGGUGGGGCAGACAGAGGAAGAGGAGGCAGCAGCAGCGGGGUUGGAGCUGUGCAGCAGCUCAGGCCCCUUCACCUUCCUGCACUUUGACAAGAACUUUGUGCAGCUAUGCCUGUCAGCUGAGCCCUCGGAGGCCCCACGCCUGCUGGCACCUUCGGCCCUAGCCUUCCGCUUUGUUGAGGUCUUGCUCAUCAACAACAACAACUCCAGCCAGUUCACCUGUGGUGUGCUCUGCCGCUGGAGUGAGGAGUGUGGCCGUGCUGCAGGCAGGGCCUGUGGCUUUGCCCAGCCAGGCUGCAGCUGCCCUGGGGAGGCGGGGGCCGGUCCUGCCACCACAUUUCCGGGUCCUCCUGGUGACCACACCUUGUCCAAUGCCUUGGUGCCCGGGGGCCCAGCCCCGCCUGCCGAGGCUGAUUUGCACUCUGGGAGCAGCAAUGACCUCUUCACCACUGAGAUGAGAUAUGGUGAGGAGCCGGAAGAGGAACCGAAGGUGAAAACCCAGUGGCCAAGGUCUGCAGAUGAGCCUGGGCUAUACAUGGCGCAGACAGGCGACCCGGCGGCUGAGGAAUGGUCCCCGUGGAGCGUGUGUUCCCUGACGUGUGGGCAGGGUCUGCAGGUGCGGACCCGCUCCUGCGUGUCCUCCCCCUAUGGGACCCUGUGCAGCGGGCCCCUGCGGGAGACCCGGCCUUGCAACAAUUCAGCCACCUGCCCAGUGGAAGGCCAGUGGCUAGAAUGGGGUCCGUGGGGCCCAUGCUCCUCAUCCUGUGCCAAUGGGACCCAACAGCGCAGCCGGAAGUGCAGUGUGGCAGGCCCAUCCUGGGCUACGUGCACAGGUGCCCUCACUGACACCCGCGAGUGCAACAAUCUCGAGUGCCCUGCCACUGAUGGCAAGUGGGGGCCAUGGAAUGCAUGGAGUCUGUGCUCCAAGACAUGUGACACAGGCUGGCAGCGCCGCUUCCGCAUGUGCCAGGCCUCAGGUACACAGGGCUACCCCUGCGAGGGUACUGGAGAGGAGGUGAAGCCAUGCAGUGAGAAGAGGUGUCCAGCCUUCCAUGAGAUGUGCAGGGAUGAGUAUGUGAUGCUGAUGACGUGGAAGAAGGCGGCGGCUGGCGAGAUCAUCUACAACAAGUGCCCCCCCAAUGCCACGGGGUCUGCCAGCCGCCGCUGUCUCCUCAGUGCACAGGGUGUGGCGUACUGGGGACUGCCCAGCUUUGCCCGCUGCAUCUCCCAUGAAUACCGCUACCUGUAUCUGUCACUCCGGGAGCACCUGGCAAAGGGGCAGCGCAUGCUAGCGGGUGAAGGCAUGUCACAAGUGGUGCGCAGCCUGCAGGAGCUACUGGCCCGCCGCACCUACUAUAGUGGGGACCUGCUCUUCUCUGUGGACAUUCUGAGGAAUGUCACUGACACCUUCAAAAGGGCCACCUAUGUGCCCUCUGCUGACGAUGUGCAGCGCUUUUUCCAGGUAGUGAGCUUCAUGGUAGAUGAAGAGAACAAGGACAAGUGGGAUGAUGCUCAGCAGGUGUCCCCUGGCUCUGUGCACUUGCUUCGUGUCGUGGAAGACUUCAUUCACCUGGUGGGCGAUGCCCUCAAGGCCUUCCAGAGCUCUCUGAUUGUCACGGACAAUCUGGUGAUCAGCAUUCAGCGAGAGCCCAUCUCGGCUGUGUCCAGUGACAUCACGUUUCCCAUGCGGGGCCGCAGGGGCAUGAAGGACUGGGUGCGGCACUCAGAGGACCGCCUCUUCCUGCCCAAGGAGGUGCUCAGCCUCUCCUCCCCAGGGAAUCCAGCUGCACCUGGGGCAGCAGGCACCCCUGGCAAAGGAAGGGGCCCAGGAACUGUGCCCCCUGGUCCGGGCCACUCGCACCAGCGUCUCCUCCCAGCAGACCCUGAUGACUCCUCAUACUUUGUGAUCGGUGCUGUGCUCUACCGCACCCUGGGCCUCAUCCUGCCACCUCCCAGGCCUCCACUAGCUGUUACCUCCCGGGUGAUGACAGUGACUGUGCGACCCCCCACCCAGCCUCCAGCUGAGCCCCUUAUCACAGUGGAGCUCUCCUACAUCAUCAAUGGCACCACAGAUCCCCACUGUGCCAGCUGGGACUACUCCAGAGCAGAUGCCAGCUCGGGGGACUGGGACACUGAGAGCUGCCAGACCUUGGAGACCCAGGCAGCCCACACCCGCUGCCAGUGUCAGCACCUGUCUACCUUUGCUGUCCUGGCCCAGCCGCCGAAGGACCUGACCCUGGAGCUGGCAGGUGCCCCCUCGGUCCCCCUGGUGAUUGGCUGUGCCGUAUCCUGCAUGGCCCUGCUCACGCUGCUUGCCAUCUACGCUGCCUUCUGGAGGUUCAUAAAAUCUGAACGCUCCAUCAUCCUGCUGAACUUCUGCCUGUCCAUCCUGGCUUCCAACAUUCUGAUCCUUGUGGGCCAAUCGAGGGUGCUGAGCAAGGGCGUAUGUACCAUGACGGCUGCCUUCCUGCACUUCUUCUUUCUGUCCUCAUUUUGCUGGGUACUCACUGAGGCCUGGCAGUCCUACCUGGCUGUCAUUGGGCGGAUGCGCACCCGCCUCGUUCGCAAGCGCUUCCUCUGCCUGGGCUGGGGUCUGCCCGCCCUGGUGGUGGCUGUGUCUGUUGGCUUUACCCGCACCAAAGGAUAUGGUACAUCCAGCUACUGCUGGCUUUCCCUGGAAGGUGGCCUGCUGUAUGCCUUUGUGGGACCUGCAGCUGUCAUUGUCCUGGUGAAUAUGCUCAUCGGAAUCAUUGUCUUCAACAAGCUCAUGGCACGUGAUGGCAUCUCUGACAAAUCCAAGAAGCAGAGGGCUGGGUCGGAGCGGUGCCCCUGGGCCAGCCUGCUCCUCCCCUGCUCAGCGUGUGGAGCGGUCCCCAGCCCCCUGCUCAGCUCAGCCUCGGCCAGGAACGCCAUGGCCUCACUCUGGAGCUCCUGUGUAGUGCUGCCCCUUCUGGCGCUCACCUGGAUGUCUGCUGUCCUGGCCAUGACAGACCGCCGCUCCGUCCUCUUCCAGGCCCUCUUUGCUGUCUUCAACUCUGCACAAGGCUUUGUCAUCACCGCUGUGCACUGCUUCCUGCGCCGAGAGGUCCAGGAUGUGGUAAAAUGCCAGAUGGGUGUGUGUCGGGCCGAUGAGAGUGAAGACUCCCCUGACUCAUGUAAGAAUGGGCAGCUGCAGAUCCUGUCAGACUUUGAAAAGGAUGUGGAUCUGGCCUGUCAAACAGUUCUGUUCAAGGAGGUCAACACUUGCAACCCGUCCACCAUCACGGGCACACUAUCCCGCCUGUCCCUGGACGAGGACGAGGAGCCCAAGUCCUGCCUUGUGGGUCCUGAGGGUGGCCUCAGCUUCUCACCGCUGCCUGGGAACAUCCUGGUGCCCAUGGCAGCCUCACCAGGGCUGGGCGAGCCACCCCCCCCGCAGGAGACCAACCCUGUGUACAUGUGUGGGGAGGGUGGCUUGCGGCAGCUGGACCUCACGUGGCUGCGGCCAACCGAGGCUGGCUCCGAGGGGGACUACAUGGUGCUGCCCCGGCGGACUAUGAGCCUGCAGCCUGGCAGUGGGGGCGGAGGGGGUGAGGAUGCCCCCAGGGCCCGGCCCGAGGGGACCCCCCGGCGGGCUGCCAAGGCACUGACCCACACCGAAGGCUACCCCAGCUUCCUGUCUGUGGACCACUCGGGUCUGGGGCUGGGCCCUGCCUAUGGGUCUCUCCAGAACCCCUAUGGGAUGACUUUCCAACCACCACCGCCAACCCCCAGUGCCCGCCAAGUGCCCGAGCCAGGGGAGCGCAGCCGGACCAUGCCCCGCACAGUGCCUGGCUCUACCAUGAAGCUGGGCUCUCUGGAGCGGAAGAAGCUUCGAUAUUCAGACCUGGACUUUGAGAAGGUGAUGCAUACCCGGAAGCGGCACUCGGAGCUGUACCAUGAACUCAACCAGAAAUUCCACACUUUCGACCGCUACCACAGCCAGUCUGCAGCCAAGGAGAAGCCCAGCCCCGGGGAGCGUCCCAGCCUGUCCCAGCAUCGGCGGCAUCAGAGCUGGAGCACCUUCAAAUCUAUGACACUGGGCUCACUGCCCCCCAAGCCCCGAGAACGGCUGACCCUGCACCGGGCAGCAGCCUGGGAGCCCACAGAACCACCAGAUGGCGACUUCCAGACAGAGGUGUGAGUGCCACACCGGACUGCCCACUGCACAGAAAUAUAUAUCUCUCUAUUUUCACACUUCACUUUGGAACUACCCGGGAGCCAGCGCCCCCUCCCCCUCCCGAGGGCUGGGCAGGAGGCACAGAGGACUCAGCCAGGCUGGGAGAGCCAGACAUGGUGUAGCCUGGGGGCCAGGGUACCUCCUUGUUUCUCAAAGGCCCCUCAGCCACUGGAGCCCCAUCUUUGCCCCAGCCUGUCUGUCCCUGUCCUGGGCUGGGGAGGGGGAAGGGGAACUUUGUUGGGAAUAAACUUCACUCUGUGGAUUUG